GUCUCGAGAAGGAAAACAUUCCCGGUCAUUCCCGGGGUAUAGUUAGUUGACUUGUAGUGUGACUUGUAGAUAAUUUUUUUGCAAUGUAGAAAGCGACAAACUUGUUCGGCAUCUUGCGAUCGGAAUGUUUUUAAAAUCUUGAUUAUUCUGCUAUGGGCUGACAUUCAGCCCAGUAGUUGAACUGAUAUGUGAAGUAAAUUUGGAAUUUCUAAUGGAAGUCAGCGGUUUCACCAGGCAUCGUGCUAUCUCUGCAAGUAGCGACGAUGAGAUAGAAGGACUGAAUGAAAAGCUGAUAAGGUCGUUAUCAAAAUUUAAGUUUCCGCCACCUCCAAAUAUCAGCUCUGUUCAUAAGACACAUUCCUUGUCCGGGACGAAUUCCGACAAUGAUACUGACACUUUGUCGGAACAAGGAGGUUCCGCAACUCCCCCUUUAUCCAAGCACUACGGAUUUGAAUACUCUUAUCUGCAGCAUGGUAGUCCAGUUAACCCGCAGACUCUACCAAGAUACUUACCACCGAUCGGUGUGUUCUGGGAUAUCGAGAACUGCCAGGUUCCCAAAGGCAGAUCCGCCGUAGCAGUUACGCAGGUGAUCAGGGACUCAUUUUUCAGUGGUUACAGGGAGGCAGAAUUCAUAGUAGUAUGCGACGUUAAGAAGGAAAAUAAUCAGGUUGUGCAGGAACUUAAUGAUGCCCAGGUGAACUUAAUUCACGUCGCAUCGACAUGCAAAAAUGCUGCGGAUGAAAAACUUCGCCAAUCCAUUAGAAGAUUUGCUGAUAUUCAUGGUAGUCCGGCAGCUAUAAUUCUCAUAUCUGGGGACAUUAAUUUUGCUGUUGAUCUUAGCGACUUGAGGCAUAGAAAAAAAAUACAUGUUAUACUGUUGCACAAGGAAAAUACAUCUGAGGCUUUAAUAUUGUGCGCUAAUGAACACUACAAUUUUAUUGAACUUAUGGAACCGUUGCCAUCCCGAACCGUGUCGAAGCUUCCUGAGACCUAUGAUCUUCUAGUCAAUAAUCUACCUAAAGAAAAGGAUGUCGUAGCUAUCAGGCGACGCCUGAAGCAACUUUCUGAUAAUUGCGGUGGCAAGGUUGUAGGAAUUCAAUCCAACACAGCGACUGUGCGAUUUACUUCAGCUGAUUCAUCUAUCAGGGCUCAGAAGCGUAUGCAUGGUGAAGACGUAUUUGGUUCCAAGAUUCUUGUCAGAUUCUCUGAAGAACGAGACGAAAAUACAAGUAAAACACAAGGUAGCAACACAAGCCAAGAUUGUACAGGAACUGAAUCUGAAUCGGUGGUCGGAACACCAGGAAAAAUGUAUACGGCAGGAAGCACGCUAGGAGGCGCACGCAGUCUUCCUGUCACCCCACACUAUCAUUCGUCUUCGCCUAUAAUCGGAGCAUAUUCAACAUGGGGUGCAAUCCACGGUUCGUCAAUUAAUGUACCACCUGGAAUUAUCCAGCAGGCACCCGUCUUCCGCAAAAAUGUUCAAAGCAGCAGCGAAGCUAGUUUCAACCGAUCUCUCAAUGAAUUACCGCGUUCCCAUUCUCCGUUUGUAUGGCAACAGAUUGGCAACACACAACGUCACGGGUUUUACUGGGAAGGUCAAUACAAGAAUGACGAUGCGAAAGUUCUUGGCAAACGCGCUUCAAUCUCGCAGGUUCGAGAUGCAAGCACAAUAUCCAAUAACGAGUCAGUUGUUCGUACUCCUGAGGGGUAUAGGCGAAUAAGAGGCACUCAUAGCUAUGUACAUCCUCCCGAUUGGAAACCGGCGCGACAACAAUUUCAUCUUCCUAACCCGAGCUACAAUGGAAAUGGAUUUUUGCAAUCCAACUCCAUAAAGCGGCGCAGUCCUUCCCCAAUGACUUCUGCAUAUACGCGAGACCAUGGUCACUGGAACGGACAAGUAAUGCAGCCACGAAAUGGUAGAACACCAUCCCCCUACGAUGGGGCAAUGAUGUCUUCGUGUCAACAUGAGCAGUCUCGAAUGUCUCCUUAUCAUCAAAAUGAUCCGGAAAGUGAAGAAGUUGAGAAUUUUUUUAAUCCAAUAACCAACCGUAAUUUUGGCGUCUUGAACGGAGCCUGUACGCCUAUUGAACUUCAGGUAACCAAUUUGGACCAAAACAUUGAACCAAAAGAGAUGAAACGUAUUUUGGCCUCGGUUUUUAUGGAACAUGUAAUGGUUUUGCACGUGUUUGUUUUCAUGCAAUCCGAUGGAAAUUUUGCGGCUAGCGUGAAGGUUCCGUCGUUACAAGAUGCACAGUAUGCCAUUUCUCAACUUCAUCGUCGCAAGGUCGGCUUUAAACGGAUUUUGAUUUCAUACGCUCAUACUGGUGGGCCUAAUCCUCAGCUGGUACGAUCCCAGAUAGUAAUGUUGUUGCAAGAAGUUCCUGGGCACAAGUUACCGUUAUUUAAAUUUCGGGAAAUGUACGAACGCCGAUUUGUGAUCUCAAUUAGUGUUUCUGAGCUCUACAAAAUGAAAGAUGUUUGCAUCGUCACUGAAGACUCUGGAGGAAGGAUGGUCUCCCUCAAUCCAGAUCACAGAAAUACACCAUCUCCAUGUUUUGGCAAUUCCACACCAGAGGGUGUACAACUGGAGAUGCCAUAUUGUACUAUGCAUACACAGAAACCGUGGUCAGACAGAGGAUGGGCGGAACAAGAGAUGCUUUCAUUGCCAAAUGUCAAAAUUUCACUGAAAUUACUCACUGACCGCCUACAGCAAUUAUUAAAAACGCAUAAUGGGAGUCUCCCGUUACUUAGUCUGCCAACGUGCUAUGAGGCUGAGUUUACAGAAAAACUUGAAGUAGACGAAAACGGAGUACCCUUGGAGCACUUAGUUGCCUGUCUAGGGUCCAUAGAGCUGAAACAAGGUCCAGGCGGGGUCAAGUUUCUUAUGUGGGCUGGAGCUAACGACAAUGAUGAUAGUCACGAAGAUAAUAAAUGUGUAAGUCCGCCACUGGUGAAUCAACUAGCAUUGUUCAGUCGAGAAUUGGUCGAUCUACUGAAAACUGCACCUCAUUGUCAAUUGCCGUUCAAUCGUUUUAUACCAGCUUAUCAUCAUCACUUCGGGAGGCAGUGUAGGGUUGCCGAUUACGGUUUUACUAAAUUGAUAGAUCUCUUAGAAGCUCUUACACACACUGUACAGGUGAUGGGAGAUGGAAACAAACGAGUCGUCACGCUGUCACAUCGGGCCCAGGUUCGUAGGUUUACUUCGGAUUUACUCAGAGUUUUGAAAGCCCAAGCUAGUAAACAGGUCGCUCUUUCUGAAUUUCCAUCAGUUUACUCCAGAGUAAUAGCCAAACCAUGGGAUGUCGUAGAUUAUGGCGUUUGUGCGAUUGAGGAUAUUCUUGGUGAGGUUUCUGAAAAUACAGUCGUCGUAACUAAUCAUGAUAACAAUGAUAGAAUGAUUGCCAUACCAAAGAGAGAACAAACUGCUGAGGAGAUAGAACGAACGAAACAAUUUGCUCUCGAAGUAGUUAAGCUUUUGGGCCAUGCUCCACAGUGUAGAAUGUUGUUCAACAAAUUUGUCCCAUCUUACCAUCACCAUUUCGGUCAUCAGUGUCGUGUGUCAGAUUACGGUUUCACAAAACUAAUUGAACUCUUUGAAGCCAUACCGCAUAUUGUAAAAAUAGAGGAAACAAGUGGAGGUGAGCGAUGUAUUUCGCUUACUGAAAAAGAAGGGCUCCGAGUACUUGGCGAACAAGUAGCCAAGUUAGUUAGCAGGGCGAAAGGAGUUCUGCCAGUGGCAGAAAUUGGUCAAGCAUUUUUGCAUCAGUUUGGUUACGCCUUAUGCCCUGACGUAUUCAAUUGCUCUUCAGUGUUACAACUGAUGGGAAAACUUUCUGAAACUAUCAAGGUAUCACAAACAGCGACAGGUCCGGUUGUCACGUCAGUGGAUAAAUCGAGGUUGCAAAUUUUAGCUCUACAGUGUCGUAGAGUACUCAUGGAUCAGCCACAACACUGUCUCUCAGCCUCAGAGUUUCAGUCUCAUUUCACUCGGUAUUAUGCAUCAGCCUGUGACUUAGGCGAGCUCCAAAGGGAUCUUUCCGACGUCGUUGAGUUCUCAACUGUUAAUGGCAAGCAGAUGAUAGAAUUAACUCCGCUACAGUCAUUUGCAUGCAAUUUAUAUAAAGUUUUAAUGAACUAUGGCGGUGUACUUACCUUGUCUCAAUUUGAGAACGCAUAUCUCAGUAUCAUAGGUUCGGCAUGUCAAGUUGCCCAAUUUGGAUUUUCAACACUCACUGCACUUUUACAAGCUCUCAAAUGUACUGUAAUCCUCAAGGAACCAAAACACCGAAGGAAAACUAUAUAUCUGAAUAAAAAACUUGCCACUGUUGGCUUCCCGUUACCUUCAACAUAUUCGGUCACGUCACCGAACAGGAAUACAGAGUCCAGCAAUGAUUCCUUUGACAGUGAUACGUCUGGACGUUUGGACCUAUCAAAUGCUUCGCUUAAUUUAGAGGAGCACAGUAAAUGGCCACCGACAUCAGUAAAUAUUCAUCACGAUUGGUCUCACAAGGAAGUUAGUCAGUGGUCUCAAAAAAACGAUGCACAGUGGUCAGCGGUGUCUGAAUCGGAAGCAGAGCAAUCGCAUAAAUGGUCCGCCAUUGAGAGGAAAGAUGAUAAAUUUCUUCAGAGCCUAAUUCGCAAUUCACCAGGAAAUCAAGAGCUUCCACCUCCACCCAAGCCUGAUUCUCCUAACGAUGUAAAUUCGGGCGAGAAUGACAACAACCAAAGAUUUUGGAACUCUGCCGUGUGGGCAAGCCCUCCGAAUUACAAGUAUUCUCAACGCGAUCAGUCUGCAAUUGUUGUUGUUCCGGCUCUCACCUUGCCUCACUGGGAUCAAAUGGCAUCUGACGAGAGUGCUUCUAAUCUGCUAUCUCCGGCAAAGAAUCUUCUGCCGGCAGCAGCUAAUCCUUUGAACCCUCGUACAUCGCCAUACUAUUCUUGUCGCAGUCCGGUCAUCGCACCUCAUCCUUCGGAGCUACCAUUUCCGUCACUUUCUUUGACUCCCAAGAAGAGCGCCCUAGUUGAAGUUAUCGAAUUGAGGAGAAAUAACGAUUUCCGAACUGAUGGCAAUACUCUAGAAGACCAGCUUGAUAAAUCUCAAUCGAGUGAAACUGACAGCUCUGAAGCUUUAGGCAAAGGUCGGAUUACCCCUGGCAAACAACCACUGAUAUCCGGGAAACGUCGCCUAGCUGCUCAAUUCAGCCAGCCCAUUAACUCUUGAGUAAGAAAAAGUAAAUACCAGGGGGUACUUUCUGAUGUACCUUCUGUUUUUUAAGAUUCUCAUUAGUAAGUCUAAAGAGAAUUUUCAAAUACAAUCAUAUUGCGUCAGUAAGUUGCCGACAAUUUAAUAAGACACUCUAACUAUGAGCUGCCCAGUUAUCGUCAAGAAUUUUUCGUGGAACGAAGAAUUCCAUUAUAUAAUUUUGAACUAUCCAUGUUCGUGAUGUAACAUUGCAAAGUUGCUCGAUAAUUAUUACGUUGAAUGCGACUGGAAAUGAAAGUAAAAAUGAUUAGUGAUCUAUAAUUCACAGUGGUGAAAGAAUCAAUCAAGAUAUAAUAUACUAAACAGGUAAUGCCAGCACGAUGAAAUUUUUUGUGACUGUGAUAAAAGUGGACAGUCUCCACAACCUAGCCAAUUGUUUAUACUCUCUGAAGUUCAUUACUGGAUAGUGAUCUGAUAUAUGUAGUAUAUUAGGUUAUCAAUAACUAAUACGGGAUCAUAAUUUUUAGAUUUUAUUUAAAUAUAAAAUAAAACCUACAUGAUAAGAACAACAUUGCCCAUUUGAUUGCUCCAAAUCACUAUUCAAUUUCGAUAUUUUGAAAAAUUGGGGACACUAGUACAGAAUGUGUAAUCAACUCCAGGCAUGCUUAGAAUGUAUAUGUACAUAACUCUCGAUUACUUGAAAGUAAUAUGUUUUUAACAUUUUAACAUGGCAAUUCUUGAGAUUCAUAUGCACAAUGUGCACGUAUAUAGAUGAAUUGUUGUAACAUUCUUCAUUUUAAUUAAAAAAUUUCUCUUGGCGUUAUAUUGAAUCAGAAACAGUAGAAAUAUUUUGUAUCGAAUGUAUAAGUUACAUAAAUUACAAAAGUAGAAUCAAAUUCAGUGUUGGAUUCUGUCACCAAAAAAAAAAAAAAAAAAAAAAUUUUGCAGUCACAAUUUAUAUUGAAAACCGUUUCCAAUGAAAACUUCGAGUGUAUGCAAAUUGGUUCAACUUUAUUGAAUUUGUGUGUGCAUUAUUAAGCAUAGGGGGUGGUCAGCAUUCAAAUAUUAGAAUUUUUGGUACUCUUACCUUGUAUACGUAUCGUAAUAACUAGCUACGUAAUCUUUCUCCCUGAAAAAUAUUAAUUACUUUGUAUUCUUACAGUGUGAUUUAUAGUCGUUAGUCAUCGGACACUUUCAUGUUAAUACUCAUUUUUUAUCAUUCCUUUGAGUAUUUUCAAAAUAGUUGAAAGUAUCAUUUGAAAAACUACAGAACUAAACGAAACUACAGAUAUAUCUGAAGAAGACGCUGGAAAAACGAAUUACUUAGAAUCUUUAAAAAAUUAGAAAAUACGGUCGUGGAAGUGAAAACAUAAUUUGUGAUGGUACAUUUUUUCGAUUCGUUUCUCGAAUGAUUUCUUAGCGUCUUCAAUGCAAAUAUAUGAGAAUAGGAUAAUUUCUCUAAUAUUUUCAUGCUCUUUGUUGCAACAUAUUUCCAAAAAAUGUAUAAUCCCGUCUGGUACUUGAUUUUACAAGCACAUUUUAUUUCUUGGCUUGAUGAUCGGUUUGAAGCUGCCAUACCACCAUUUGAACGAGAUUCUGCGACGAGUUCACCACUUUGCUAAUCCGAGUAAACAGAAGCGUUUUUGUCCAAUCCAAAUUUUGAUUUAACGUCAUUUUCUGACACACCACCAUCUGUCAAUGGAUAGUCUUUGUAAUGUACGAGAUUUUCUGUUUCGAAUGUUUUUUUCUUACCGUUCCAAGAUACGUUUCGUUUCGUUGAUUCUGCUUCUGUUUUUUUGCGUUUCUAUUCGCAAUAAAUAUGCACAGCUAUUAAAAAAUUUGCUCCUCGUACUACAUAUAUUUGCCAAUUUUUCAUACAACGAGGAUCAUACUCUUCCAUAAAUUUACCGUAUCCAUAGGUUUUGGCAUAGUGGCUUCGACUAUUAUCAGCUGCAAUAUUCAACAGUGUCUUUAAAGCACUCUUUGCGUGUAUCAUUGUCUGUAUUUGAUUCCACCGAGUUUUAGUUUUAUUUUCUUGAUCAGAGACGAGAAUUUUCUGCUGCAGAUCAAUAAUCUGUGCACUGCAUAAUUGCAGAUUUUCUGUGGAGAAAAAGAUAAUAUAUAGUACAAUUUAUUGAAUAAAACGAAAGCAGCACACAAUUCUGUUCAGGGAAACAUUAAUGUUAUGGUUAGUGUAAAGAUUAAUUGUAUUUAGGGACUUCAUUUUAAGAAAUCACCAUAAAAUUAACAGCAAUUUUACCAAAUCAGUCAAUCUAAUAGAUUGACUACUUUUCGAAUUGUAAGAACAAUUUUUUCAUAAAUAGAAACGUACUUUUAUCGAUAAAAAGACAAAAAUAGCAAAAGAACAAGGCGAUCAAAUUA